AUGAAUUCAAUCAAAUCAUUAGUCAAUUCUUUUGACAAAUUCUAUCCCAAUAGUAGUACUUUUGAUGGUUCAGUGAUACCGCAAAUAAAUGAUAUACCAGAAGAACAAGAAGAAGAAGAACUAGAAGAUGAUAGGCAAACAUCUUUACUACCAAUACAAUUACAAUCUGACAAGUCUACAGUUGACUCCAAAGAUUCACUACUGGAAACAUAUACGCAACAAAUGGAAAUAGAAGAAAAAGGAGGCGUUGAUAAUGACGAAGAAGAUGAAGAAGAAGACGACGACGACGACGAAGAAGAAGAAGAGGAAGAUUCAAUAAACUUAAUUGAAGAAAAGAAAAAGCAAGAUAUUGAUUCAGUAAAGUCACACCAAGAUGAACAGUUUCGACUGCAAAAGCAAGCUCAACAAUCAAUCCUAUUUACCAUUAUUAUUUUCAUACUACGGUGUGUGAUUUUUCUCCCUAACAAUUUAAUUAUAAAACCGAUUUUGUAUGCAUAUUAUAUAAUCACUUUCCCCAUUAGAUACACCACUCAACAAUUUGGAUCCACUAGUUAUAGUUCAAAAAAUGAAGAUGAAUCACAAAUAUCUCCAGCAAUUAUACCUGAAGAAAUAAAUGAUCCAUUUGUUACCCGGGCAAACAAUUCACAAUUUGCUAGCACCACUAAGCCAACACCUGAAUCAGAACUAGAACCAGAACCAGAACCAGAACCAGAACCAGAAGCGGAAUUGCCUAUUCUUGAUGAAUGUUACGAUAAAAAAACUGAACAAAUAAAACAUAAUAAUUUCAUAUCCAAUACAAUGAAAUCACCAACAUCAUUUUCUAAAUAUAUGAUUCCUCCACCACAACGAUUAUUCCCAUUAUCUAGAAAUCCUGAGAAAAGACGAAGAAAGAAAAUUUUAAUACUUGAUUUAGAUGAAACUUUAAUUCAUUCAUUAUCUAGAGGAUCACCUCGAUCAUUUAAUCCAGCAACGGCAUCAAAAAUGAUAGAAAUAAAAUUAAAUAAUAUAUCAUCGUUAUAUUAUGUUUAUAAACGACCUUAUUGUGAUUAUUUCUUACAAGAAACAUCUCAAUGGUUUGAAUUACAAAUUUUCACUGCUAGUGUUAAAGAAUAUGCUGAUCCAAUAAUAGAUUGGUUAGAAAUGGAAAUUCUUGAUCGAAAAAAUAAACGUAGUUCAAAUGGUUCUGCUACAACCACCACCACUACUACCACCAUAACUACCAAUCAGACGAAAAUUUUCACUAAACGAUAUUAUAGAAAUGAUUGUACUUAUAGAUCAGGAGUUGGAUAUAUUAAAGAUCUUUCGAAAUUUAUUAAAGAUGAAGAUUUAAAACAUGUAAUGAUAUUAGAUAAUUCACCAAUUAGUUAUGCUUUACAUGAAGAAAAUGCCAUAUCUAUUGAAGGUUGGAUUAAUGAUCAAAGUGAUAAAGAUUUAUUGAAUUUAUUACCAUUAUUGAAAAGUUUAAGUCUUGCUAUUGAUGUAAGAUAUAUAUUAGGUUUAAAAAAUGGUGAAAAAUUUAUAGAAUAA